CAAGGCGCAGUAAAGUAUAAAUACUGUGACUUCAAUAGAGGAUCACCAGCAGGUUCCCCAACUCCGCUAUACCAAAGGAGGAGGAAUUGGCUGAGAAGAUAUAUUUUUUCCCCACCUUCAUCCACAGUUUGGCUUGCAUUCACCUAUCAUUUUCAACGAGCCGCACCAUUGAUGUCUUAAGCAGCGGAGGGGGAGAGUUUGCGCGUAUGUGUGUGCGCGUGAGAGAGAGGGAGUGAGUGUAUGGUGUUUUUUCCAAGAGGAGAGGAAGCAGUGAUGGAAGAGCUCACCGCUUUCGUAUCCAAGUCCUUCGAUCAGAAAGUGAAGGAGAAGAAGGAAGUGAUAACCUACAGGGAGGUGUUGGAGACCGGGGCGACGCGAGCGGGAAGCAGGGAGUCUUUAACCGCGGAGCCCGGGAGCCGAGAGGAGGCGGCCGCUCUGGCGCGGAACGUGGCGCUUUCUCCGGGCAGGGAGGCAGACAUGCUGGGGCCGGAGAGGAUCAGGGACGCGGGGAGUCCUAAACACAUCGACGGCGCCACGGAUGUGAAAGAGAGGAAAGAGGACUCCAAACCCAUCGAGGAUGAAACGCAAACAAAAAUCAAGCAGAGGAGAAGUCGGACUAACUUCACGUUGGAGCAACUCAACGAGCUGGAGCGACUCUUUGACGAGACCCACUAUCCGGACGCCUUCAUGCGGGAGGAGCUGAGCCAGAGGCUGGGACUAUCGGAGGCCCGGGUGCAGGUUUGGUUCCAGAACAGAAGAGCGAAAUGCAGAAAGCAGGAGAACCAGUUACAUAAAGGAGUCCUAAUUGGAGCAGCCAAUCAGUUUGAAGCUUGUCGUGUAGCGCCAUAUGUCAACGUGGGGGCUUUAAGGAUGCCAUUCCAACAGGAUAGUCAUUGCAACGUGCCGCCCUUCUCCUUUCAGGUGCAGGCGCAACUGCAGCUGGACAGCGCCGUGGCUCACGCGCAGCACCACUUGCACUCUCACCUGGCGGCGCACGCGCCCUACAUGAUGUUCCCCGCCCCGCCGUUCGGGUUGCCCCUGGCGACGCUCGCGGCAGAGUCGGCCUCUGCCGCCUCCGUAGUGGCCGCCGCAGCCGCGGCAAAGAACACGAGCAAGAACUCCAGCAUCGCCGACCUGAGACUGAAGGCCAAAAAACACACGGCGGCGCUGGGGCUGUGACAGCAAGGAGGGGACUGAGGACACACUGAACCAAAACUGCUUCAAAGUGAGGGGGGGGGGAAGCGUUAUCCACGGACGUAAUUUAUGUUUUCUCAAUGGAGGACGACUACAAUAAUAAGAUAUAGGCUAUUUAUGAAAGACAAUAAAAAAAAAAA